AACUCCAAGCUCCACAAAGAAAGAACUUGCUUCAUCAACUAUCCUACAUUUCCAGAUAAGGAAAUUCCCAAUUGAUUCUUCCCACUAUCCCCCCUUUUCAAAUUCCCUCUCCAAAAACCACAAAUUUUUUCCAAGAACAAAAACAGGCGCAAUUAAGAACACAUAACCACAAUAUUAUCCACACAUUUAGAACAAAGUUUCCAACUUUCUCACUCAAACUCCCAAAUAAACCCAAUGACCCAAUUCCCAAAUUUACAAAUUCACUGGAAUUAUCCACUAAAGAUUCCUACUUUCUUAUUCUAAACCUCACAAAAUCAAUAACCCAAAUUUCCAUUUUUACAAAUUCAGUUUAAUUUUUGUUAAUUUUUGUGAAGGGGGAAUUGCUUGAAGUUGGAUAAUCUGGGGGCUGCAUGGUUAGGCAACUAAGGGGAGAGGAUUUCUUGUUAGGGUACUUGAAGAAGAAAGAAAGGGGAAAUCUUCUAGAACAACAAGGUUUUUCAGUUGUUGUUCAACAACAAUGGCGGGUGGUGGGGUUAUUGUUGCUCACUUAUUGCCAUUCUCUUCAAAGCCUCACCAUCACUGCCAUUUUCUCUAUUCUCCACGCUGUAAUUCUUCUUCACUUUCUCUCUCGCCGCCGUCUUCUGGUAUACGCCACCGUAUUUCUUCUCGUCAAUGGUUGAAUGUGCCCUACCCUCUUCUCCCUCCUGUUAGGGUUGAUAGUUUUUAUGCAAGCUGUUCAACAACAGAUACUGAUUUACUUCUCGAUGAUAUUUUUACUAAUGAAGAUGUUGAGGAAGAUUUGUCAUCUUCUGCUUCUAAUUAUUGUGGUCAAGUUGUUCAACUCCAUCCUGACAUUCUCGAGGCUGAGUCUGUGAGUGUUCUGAGUGAAAAUAGUUAUCAACUCCAUCCUGACAUUCUCGACGCUGAGUCUGUGAAUAUUCUGAGUGAAAAUAGUUACGUCGAUAAUGUUUUGACUGCGUUGCCAGUUUUAUCCGAGGAGGAACAAAAUGCCCUUGCUGCUACUCCUGCUCAUCCUGCUGGCUUGUAUGCUUUAUAUGCUAGUUGUUUAGUGGGGAACUUUGUGGAACAACUAUGGAAUUUUGCUUGGCCUGCUGCUAUUGCAAUGAUCCAUCCAAGCCUGCUUCCUGUUGCAGUGAUGAGCUUUUUUACUAAGCUUGCAGUUAUUCUUGGAGGGCCAUUGGUUGGAAAACUUAUGGAUCAUUACCCCAGAGUACAUGCAUUUAAUUUUCUAAGCUUUAUCCAGGCAAUUUCCCAGCUGAUGUCUGUGGCAAUGAUCAUUCAUGCUCAUCAAGUUCGGUCUGCUGCUGUGUCAUCUGUUCUUCUUCGCCCGUGGUUUAUUAUUCUUGUUUUUGCGAGUGCAAUUGAGCGACUUUGUGGGUUAGCUUUGGGCGUAGCCAUGGAGCGUGACUGGCUUGUACUGCUAGCUGGGACCAAUCGACCUAUUGCACUUGCUCAGGCUAAUGCUGCUAUCAACCGAAUUGAUCUUCUAUGCGAGAUUGCGGGAGCAUCACUGUUCGGCAUUCUUUUGUCUAAAUAUGACCCUGUGACCUGUUUGAAAUUCGCGGCUGGUUUUAUGAUAUGGGGUUUACCGCUUGCAGUUGCUCUCACUUGGUUAACCAACAGGGUUUCCACUGGUGUUCUUGACCGUGCUAAGUGUCAACAGACCUGUUCUGAAAGUCCUGCUCGAUUAACCCAGGAGGAUAAUAAGAAUAUAGUUGAUUUAGGUAUUGAUGCAAUUAAACAUGGGUGGUCCGAGUAUCUGCAGCAGCCUGUUCUUCCUGCAAGUGUAGCCUAUGUGUUCCUGUAUUUCAACAUUGUUCUCACCCCUGGUGGCUUGAUGACUGCGUUUUUGACACAGCGUGGUCUUAAUUCCUCCAUAAUUGGUGCUUUUAGUGGAUUAUGUGCUUUUGUGGGUGUUGCGGCAACAUUUGUAUCUGCUAAACUCAUCAGAAAGCUUGGUAUCUUAAAGGCUGGAGCUGCUGGAUUGAUUUUCCAAGCAUCACUUCUUGCGCUAGCCGUUGCUGUUUACUGGAGUGGUUCUCUUUCUAAGCAGACACCCAUCUUAUUCUUCCUUUGCCUAAUCGUAUUGUCAAGGUUAGGUCACAUGUCAUACGAUGUAAUUGGCCAGCAGAUUCUCCAAACUGGUAUCCCUUCAUCCAAAGCAAAUCUUAUUGGGACAACAGAAGUCUCCGUUGCCAGUUUGGCAGAGUGUGUGAUGUUAGGCAUAGCCAUUAUCGCGAACGACGUCUCUCAUUUUGGAUAUCUAGCUGUGCUUUCACUCCUGUCUGUUAUCGCGGCAGCAUAUAUCUUUUGCCUGUGGUUGAUGAAUCCUACAGAAGAGCAGAGGCGGCUUUUUUCUUUUGAACGUUAAUAUUGAUUUAAUGGUUUAGCUGGUUUUCAAGUCAUGCCCGAUUAAAUCCUUUCUACAAUAUUUACACAAAUUGAAGAGUAAACAGUCACAUUCUCCAUUCAAUUUCUUUGGGGACAGUUACCAUCCCUACACGAGUUACCACCUAUCCGGAGCAUUCCUCUUGUACAUCAAUGCAAAGGUGACGAGUUUGACCCACUUCUAUUUCAUUUUCUCAUCUUAGUGAAAAGCUUAUGACACUUUUCACUAAUGAUGAGCCUAACACUGUAUAGACUAGACUAGAAAUCUCAUUAAGCAUAAGUUCUUGUAAGCACUUGCUGUAAAUUUAGUUUAGGUUUUUCUAUAUGAUUGCAAAAAUGUUUAUUACCAUGAAAAUAAACAAGGUAAUUAACCGGGAUUUUUUGUGAAUAAGAGAUUGAUUCCAGUUUGUUGUCAGAA